UCGGCUCACGUUUGGCCAUUUUCGAUUCAACGUUCAAAGGUGAAACAUCUUUCGGUGAAAGUGCUCUGGAAGCCACUUUUAUUAAACGAAUCUACUUCAUAAGUAACUCUGGCGACUCAUCUCUUGAGUGAAUAUUUUAACAUCGUUUCGAAGCAGAAUCAUUCAAAGCUAGUACAAAAUGGUGGUUGGUAUGGAUGAAUCAAAGGUCGGUGUCGACGAGGAGCAGCAUUACGACGACAUCAGCUCCGACGAAUGCGACACGCCAGCGGGCGUGUUAUCCUCCAAGUUCGACAAAACGGACCUUUCGAUUAACACCAAUCCGCUGCCGCAUGGCAAGUACACUCUGAUCGGGCUCGAUAUAGAUACGACGGGUCGUAGACUUAUCGAUGAGAUCGUACAGAUCUCGGCAUUCACACCGGAGAAAGAGUAUGCGCAGUACAUUAUGCCGCUGAUGAACCUGAACCCGGCUGCCCGUCAGCGCCACCAGGUUCGCGUGAUUACGGUUGGAUUUUUCCGCAUGCUGAAAAGCAUGCAGACCUACCGUGUCAUGAAGACCAAGAUGGAAGUUGCGGCUCUGAACGAGUUUCUCGACUGGCUGGAGGAGCGUCUUCGCGAGGACGAGGGAUCCGAGGGCAUUGUGCUGGUGUAUCAUGAGCAGCGCAAGUUUGUGCCGUACAUGGUCAUUGAGGCGCUGAAGAAGUACAAACUGCUGGACCGCUUCUCUCAGUCGGUUAAGUCAUUCGUGAAUGGAUUCAAAUUGGCGGAGGAAAAGUGUACCAAGACCAUCAAGUACUUGACGAUUCGUCAGCUAGCGAAGUUAGUUUUGGACGAAAAGGCAGGAUCCCGUGAUGGAUUUGAGGGAAAUGCGGCGUACCGAGCAAGAAUGGCGUUCGAAAUUUCGAGAUGCCUAGCAACCGCUGAACCGAAGUCCAAUGCGGUAAAUGUGCCUGCUUCAUCGCCAACCGAGAGCGAGCCGAAUGAUUCAGCUACGUCUGAAGAGGUCACCAAUUCCUCCUCCACCGCUGAGGAUGCAGUGAAGGAUGAAGGUGACAAGCCGUCGGAGGAGAAUGCUGAACAAUCGGAUGACGAUGCGCAGAAGCAGGACGAGAAGAAGGAAGAAGCUCCUGCUGCUUCUUUGAACAGCUCUGCAUCUCGUCCCUUGACCGAAGAGGAUCGUGAAAAGAUGUGCGCAGUGUUGUGCGAAUAUGCUUCACCGAUUUCCACUGAAAUCUCCGAGCUUGACGAACAGGAGAAGAUUCUUGUGCGCCAGAAUUCACUGAGACCGGUAUUUUUGCUCUAUUUUAAGACGACAAUCUACCAUCGGGUUAAGGCUGUUACUUAUAGACGAGUACUGGCGGAAACUGGCCACGAUUACGAAUCUUUGCGUCAAGUCUGGCAAGAGAAGAAGCGCGAAGGUCUGGAAGCGAUCAUCAACGAGAUUGCAGAGUUGAAGGAAGACGAGCGCACGGAGCUGAACGAACUUCUUGAUUGUCACUACGAUCCGGACAAGCAGGCAUUUAAGCCGAUCGUCAAGCGUAUGAAGCGUCGUCCUUCUCGAGCAGGACAACCAUUCUUCUCCAACAAGAAUGGCAACGUUCCACAGAACCAGAACGGAAAUAACCAGAUGGCCAAGGAAAACCGGAAACCAUUCAAUGGUUACCAGAAUAACCAGAAGAAUCAUAACAACCACCACAAUGGAAACAACAACAACAACAACAACAACAUGGUCAAUAAGCAUCAGAACCAACAGAACCAGCAGCAACAACAGUACUACAACGGUCCGUCUUCCCCCGAAUCUGGCAUGCGUAACGGAGGAUCUCCGGGAAAGCGUUUCUUCCAGCGCAACUCGCGUCGUCGUCGCGGAGGAAACGGCCAGAACCAGAAUCAGAACGGUGGACAGAAUCAGCAGCCGAUGAAGAACCAUAACGGUAAUCAUCAUGCUUAUUCGAAUUCGAAUCGCCACAAUAACCAAUUCCAGCAACCAAUGCAGGGUCACGCUUAGGUGUGAGCCGGAGAAAGCUUGCGGGACAUUUUAACGGUAGAUAUUUGAUGAUUGUUGCAUAGAUGCAGUAGAUGCAGAAACAUACCCGAUUCAAAGAACAUCGUUUUACGGAUAAUGGCAAGGAAUACGAAACAUUUUUAAACACGCUCAAAUAGAUUUAAGGAUCAUCACGAUAGAAGUGGCCAACUCAUUCGGUAUAGUUGUCCUCGUAUUUUAGAAUCAGGUAGAAGCGCUGCUUCAGCAGCAAAAUGUCUUAGCUCAGGAUCAUAGGGAAGGAGGACCGUUGGACCCGUUGAAAGUAUGCGCGCACUUUCUAGGGAUGUUUCCACGGUAUCAUCCGGCCCACUUUUAGUCACCCAGAACCUGAGGCAGUUUGCUUGCAUUUGUGUGGUGCAGAACCCCAUUUUAAUAUUGUGUAAAUUAUGUUCACUACGUAGCAAUCAAUACCAAUGUGAGGCUGCAAAACGUCUCUUUUAGCUGUGGUGGGUUUUAGCAGCUCAGAAAUGAAAUCAACGAUUUAUGUUAUGAUUGUAAUUGAUGGAAGGUGUACAACACCGGAGGGCCAGACCUCUGGAAGGUGAUUGCGAUUCCAUGUUGAUGCCAAUAUAUGAUGAUUUUGUUGCAUAUUAA